AUGGCCCCGAAGCCACCCAAACCCGUCGGCGAUGUCGUUCGCAAGACGCUCAACCUGCCCAAGACCGAGUUCCCGAUGCGGGCGAACGCGACCGUGCGCGAGCCGCAGCUGCACGCGCGCUGCGUGACGCAGCUCUAUGCAGCCCAGGCGGCCGAGCGCUCGGACGCGCCGACGUUCCUCCUGCACGACGGGCCACCGUUCGCGAACGGGUCGCUGCACACGGGCCACUUUCUCAACCGCGUGCUCAAGGACAUGCUCAACCGGUACAAGCUCCAGCGCGGGUACAAGAUCGACUACAUUCCUGGCUGGGACUGCCACGGCCUCCCGAUUGAGAUCAAGGCGCUCGAGCGGCUCAAGGACACCAACCGUGACCAGAUGGACCCGGCCGAGAUCCGCCGCCACUCGCGCGAGCUCGCGCUCGAGGCCAUUGCCGCGCAGAAGAAGGAUCUCCAGCGCUGGGGCGUCUUGGCCGACUGGAGCGGCGCGCCUGGCACGGCGUACCACACGAUGGACCCGUCGUACGAAGUCAAGCAGUACGAUGUCUUCAAGAAGAUGUCGGAGCUCGAGUACAACGACGAGCACACGUCGCAGUCGGCGUACAUUCGCUUCCGCCUCAAAGCCCCCGCCGGUGUCCUGUCGGCCCACGCCGCCAACGCCACGAUCUCGGCCGUCAUUUGGACGACGACGCCAUGGACGAUCCCGGCCAACCGCGGUCUCUGCUUCCGGAGCGACUUGACGUAUGCCCUCAUCGAGACAGCGCCAGGUGCCUACGACCUCGUGGCACAGGACCUUGUCGAGACGUAUGCCAGCACGAUCUUGCAGCAACAUGACAUCAAGAUCGUUGCGACCUUCUCGGGUGCCGACGUCCUCGGCAACGUCUUUGCCAACCCGUUGGACGAGAGCGUCGACUCGAUUGCGCUUCUCGGCGGCCAUGUGACGACCGACGCGGGUACUGGCGUGGUGCACACGGCGCCGGCCCACGGCCAGGAAGACUACCAGGCGUGGAUGGCGCACCACGCGCAGUUUGGCACGGACAACAGCAUGACGUGCCUUGUCGACGGCAAGGGCAAGUACACGGCCGAGGCCGGUCCGCAUCUCGCGGGCCUCUUUGUACAGACCAAGGGCACGGCCGCGGUCCUCGAAGCGCUCAGCGCCAAGGCAGAAGCGCUCGUGCAUUCGGCCAAGCUCGUCCACCGUUACCCGUACGACUGGCGCACGAAAAAGCCGAUCAUUCUGCGGGCGACCAAGCAGUGGUUUGCCAAGCUCGAUACGCUGCAUGCGCUCGGCCAUGACGCACUCAACGACGUGGCCAUGCACCCCAAGUCGUCCCGCCGCCGCUUGGAAGCGACGCUCUCGAGUCGGAACGAAUGGUGCAUCUCGCGCCAGCGGGCGUGGGGCGUCCCGAUCCCCGUCUUUUACGAUGUGGAGACGGACGAGCCGCUUUUGACGACCGACUCGAUCGAACACGUGCAGCGUGUCAUGGCGGCCAACGGCGGCUCGGACGCGUGGUGGACGCUGCCGCUUACUGAGCUGCUGCCGCCCGGAUACGAUCCGGCCAAGUUCCGCAAGGGCAUGGACACGCUCGACGUGUGGUUUGACUCUGGCAGCUCGUGGCUCGCCGUUUUGGAUGGCCGCCCGGCCGACAUUUACCUCGAGGGCUCGGACCAGCAUCGUGGUUGGUUCCAAUCGUCGCUCCUCACGUCCCUUGCGGUGCAGAAGAAGGCGCCGUACAAGCAAAUCAUCACGCACGGCUUCAUUUUGGACGAGCGGGGGCAGAAAAUGUCCAAGUCCCUCGGCAAUGUCCUCGUGCCAAGUGACAUUAUUGACGGCAAAAAAAAGCAAAACAUCCCUGCGUACGGCGUCGAUACCAUGCGGUUUUGGGUCGCGACAACCGACUACACCAACCAAGUGUCGGUCGGCCCCUCGACGAUGGUCAAGGUCAGCGACAGCGUCCGCAAGGUGCGCAACACGGCACGGUUUCUGCUCGCGAAUUUGAACGACUUUGACCCGCGCACCGACAUGGUGCCGUACGAAGACUUGACGCCGCUCGAUCAGUACAUGCUGCACUUGCUCUCGGAGCUUCAGACGACCGUCACGGACGGGUAUGAGACCUUUGCGUUCAACAAGGUGCAGCAAGCGCUCGCGCACUUUAUUGCGACGGACCUCUCGGCCUUUUACAUGGAAGCGUGCAAGGACCGCUUGUACUGCGAAGCGCCGCAAUCCCCGCUCCGCCGGUCGACGCAGACGGUGCUGGAAAUGGCGCUCCGCACGAUCAACACGGCGAUCGCACCCGUGAUUUGCCACACGGCCGAAGACAUUCGCAUGCACCGCCUCGCACAGUACACCAAGCAGCUCAUCAACGACGUGCCGGGCAGCGUCUUCCUUGACGGCUGGUUCCACUCCGAGGCGCAAUGGCACAACCCGGCGCUCGCCAAGGACUGGGACAUCCUCCGCCAGCUCCGGUUUGAAGUCAACCGCGUCGUCGAAGCCAUGCGUGACGCCGGCGACGUCAAGACGACGCUCGAGUGCAACGUGCACAUCGGCGCAUCACCCGAGCUCCUCGCGAUCCUUGCGCGCGUCGAUGGCCGCGUCCUCGAAGACAUGAUGCUCUGCUCGGGCAUCACGCUGACGCCGCUGACCACGGACGCGUCCCACACGCUUCAAGUCGGCGACGCGUCGCUGCCGUUGCAUCUCACGGUGACGCUCGCGAGCGGCCACAAGUGCCCGCGCUGCUGGAAGUACUCGCCGGACGUUGACGCCGCCAUGACCACGCUCUGCGAACGCUGCGCCAUUGCGUGUGGCCAUGCGACCGUCGACGCGCUGGUUGACGCGCUCACGCCCAACGACGCCUAA